AUGCUCGAGGGAAUGAUUUAUCCGCACCGGGAGAAGAUGCGAUUCAGCACCAAGGACACGAGGGAUGGACGUUCAACUCCUUCAUGUGCGUGCAGAGGGGGGAAGCUUGUAUGUACAUGGUACGUAGACGUGCAUGCCCGUGCCCCGGAGCGCCGCUAGCAUCCAAGGAGGAUUGGUAAUAUCCCACCCCCCAUCCAUCCAUCCAUCCAUCCAUCCCACUCCCUCCUGAUUCCUGAAUCACCGCUCGCCACAGACGUGUUUUCUUUUCUUGUCCACGCGUUUCCAUGCCAUCCAUCUUCGCCCUCCACGUACCCCCUUGGCCU